AUACACGUGCCUGCGGACGAUCAAUGGAGAGGGAGAUCGAUUGGCUCUAGUUGUUGCCUAUUCAGUAGGUAGCACUAACCGGUUAAUUCGAGUGCCCUCAUAUUUUACAUUCGGAUGAUGAGAUUCAUUCGGGGGUUAGUAGGAUUCACCAUCCAAAUGCACUAACCUUAAUCUCCGGUUUCGGUGCCGGAAAACGAAGGUACACGUGGGCGGCAUGUAUGUAGCCUGGCAACUUUCAGCAACAUUCUGUAAUGGAGAUGUGCUCUCGCGCCCAUGCCUUGACGUCGGCACGCCAAUCUUGGUGAGCACGGGUGAUGGGUGAUGGGUGAUGGGAGUGGGUCUGCCGGUUGCAGCAGACCAAUGAUUAGGCAAUGGGCAUAUCAGAGGAUCAAAGAAGUAAAUGGGUUCCUUGAGAAUCCACAGCGGCAGGAAGGCGAACUCUUCAGUCGCAGUUGCCCAAUCCGGUUGUGUUUUGACGGCCGGUCAUUCGUCAUCGGACACCCGUUUCUUUUGGUGGGUAGAAAUAGGUCCUAAAAUUUGGGACCUUUUCCUGCGGCGUUGUUUUAAGGUUUUGGAUCCGUAAGAACCGCCGGCUAUAUAAACUGGUUAAUAUUAACCAACGGAUGAUAGCAGUUCAACCAUGUCGAAACGAUAAGAGUAUCUUCUGUGGCGUCCAGGGAGAAGUGGCCGAAUUGAAAGAAAUAACCCAGACGUGCCCCAAGGGUUUCGUGGUGGAAGAAUGGAGCAGAAGCAUAUCGUGAUAUCAGCGUUGAGUGUGGGGCUUGGCAUCGGUGUUGGCUUAGGCUUGACGUCUGGUCAGACGGUGAGCAGGUGGGCAGCAACACAAGGGAGUUCUUCUUCUGGCUUGAGUGUGGAGAAUGUUGAGCAGGAAUUGAAGAGGUUGAUUGUGGACGGGAAGGAUAGCAAUGCUACCUUUAAUCAGUUCCCCUAUUAUCUUAGUGAGCUGACUCGAGUGAGACUGACUAGUGCGGCCUAUUUUCAUUUGAAGCAAGCAGAUUUUUCUAAGCACACUAGAAAUCUUUCUCCUGCAAGUCGUUCUAUUUUGCUAUCUGGCCCGGCAGAAUCAUAUCACCAGAUGCUAGCUAAAGCAUUGGCCCACUGUUUCGACUCUAAGUUGCUGCUGUUAGAUGUUAUCGAGUUCACACAUAGGAUACAAAGCAAAUAUGGAUGUGCCACUAAACCUCCUAAAUUACAAAGAUCAAUAUCUGAGACAACACUUGAGCGAAUGUCUAAUUUACUUGGAUCGCUUCCAAUCAUUUCUCAUAAAGAGGAACUAAAAGGAACAAUGCGCAGGCAAAGCAGUGGCGUUGAACUAAAUUCAAGUGGAUCAGCAUGCCCAACUAAUAUGCCAAAAUUCCGAAGAAAUGCCUCUGUUUCAACUGAGAUGAACUGUCUAGGAUCACAUGGCUCUCUUGCUCUUCCGGCUACUCUCAAGCAAACUACAAGCUGGCCUUUUGACGAGAAACUACUUGUACAAUCUCUUUAUAAGGUUCUGCAUUCACUGUCCAAGAGCAGUCCAAUUAUUCUCUACAUAAGGGAUGUUGACAAACUUUUAUUUACAUCAAAGAGAAUGUAUUCUCUGUUUGAAAAUUUUCUGAAAAGGAUAUCAGGGACAGUGUUGAUACUUGGUUCAAGGAAGACAGAUGAUGGCAGUGACAACAGUGUAGUGGAUGAAGAGGUCACUCUUUUAUUCCCAUACACCAUUGAAAUUAAGCAACCUGAAGAUGAGACACAUCUUGUUAGCUGGAAAUCUCAAUUGGAAGAAGACAUGAAAAUGAUUAAAUUUCAAGAUAAUCGAAAUCACAUAAUUGAAGUUCUUGCAGCAAAUGAUAUUGAUUGUGAUGAUCUGGGUUCCAUCUGCCAUGCGGACACAAUGGUUCUUGGUAAAUAUGUUGAGGAAAUUGUGAUGUCAGCAGUUUCAUACCACUUGAUGAAUACCAAGGAUCCAGAAUACAGAAGUGGAAAACUUGUCAUUUCUUCUAUGAGCCUAUCCCAUGCAUUAAGCAUAUUUCAAGAAACAAAAUUAGACAAUCAGGAAAAGUUAAAGCUCGAGGGGAAUGCUAAUUCAAUGAAGGAAUCUGCAAAAGGCAACCCAACGACUGUUAGAGUUUUCGAGGCAAAAACAGAACCUUCACCUCCUGAAAGUAAAACUGAGUCGGAAAAGUCUCCUGUGGUGAAAAAGGAUGAAGUGGUUUCAUCUCUACCUCCGAAAGCACCUGAAGUUGCUCCGGACAAUGAAUUUGAAAAACGUAUCAGACCAGAGGUUAUUCCAGCAAAUGAAAUUGGAGUGACGUUUGAUGAUAUAGGUGCCUUGGAUGAUACCAAAAAUUCACUUCAAGAGCUUGUUAUGCUUCCCCUUCGUAGGCCAGAUCUUUUUAAAGGUGGCCUCCUUAAGCCAUGCAGAGGGAUUUUAUUGUUUGGGCCUCCUGGAACAGGCAAGACAAUGCUUGCUAAGGCCAUAGCAAAUGAAGCAGGUGCAAGUUUCAUAAAUGUUUCCAUGUCGACCAUUACCUCCAAAUGGUUUGGGGAAGAUGAGAAGAACGUUAGAGCUUUGUUUACUCUUGCUGCCAAGGUCUCACCGACUAUCAUUUUUGUUGAUGAGGUCGAUAGCAUGCUUGGGCAGCGAAAUAGGGCUGGUGAACAUGAAGCAAUGCGGAAAAUAAAAAAUGAAUUCAUGACACAUUGGGAUGGAUUAAUGACAAAGACUGGGGAAAGAAUCCUUGUUCUUGCAGCUACAAAUAGACCUUUUGAUCUUGAUGAAGCAAUUAUCAGAAGAUUUGAGCGCAGAAUAAUGGUUGGCCUACCAUCCCUGGAAAACAGGGAGCUUAUUCUGAGGAAACUCUUGUCGAAGGAGAAGACCAGCAAAGAUCUUGACUACAAGGAGCUUGCAACCAUAACAGAGGGUUAUAGCGGCAGUGAUCUCAAGACCCUCUGCACAACAUCUGCAUAUCGUCCUGUUAGAGAACUUAUCCAAGCAGAAAGACUCAAGGAGCUGGAAAAAAAGCAAAAGGGCAUAGAUAACCAAGAAGAGGCAUGCAAGGAAAAUAAGGACGAAACCCUGAUCCUAAGACCAUUAAACAUGAAAGACAUGAGGCAGGCAAAGGACCAAGUAGCUGCCAGUUUUGCUCCAGAGGGAUCCAUUAUGAGCGAGUUGAAGCAAUGGAACGAGUUAUAUGGUGAUGGAGGUUCAAGAAAGAAGCAGCAAUUAACUUACUUCCUGUAACCUGGUCAUAUCUCAAUGAAACAUAGAGAUAGCUUUAAAAAAAAUUGAAGUAAAAUUUGUUGGAUGUCAGGAGGGGAAUUCGUGGAUUUUCAUCAAGUUAGAACCUCCAGUAUCCUAAUUUA